AUGAACGCCUUCACUAGAUUCUUUACGGAUCUGACGCCUCUCAAGUCCCUCAAGCUCACCGGCGAGAUGAACCGUGGCAUCCUUCUCAGUGCAGUCAAGCGACACGGAUGUAAACUGCGAGAACUGAUCAUCAUGCCUCAAUUGAACAUGUACAAAACCGAUUCCGAUACUGGUUACAACCCCUGCAUCAGGUUGCACAAAGACGACAUUCAUCAAAUCCACAAACUAACACCUUCAUUACAAGCCCUCACUAUCCCCAUUCCACGCACCAAAUCGGACGGCCCGGAGCUUGAGAUGUACCAAGCACUCAGCCAAUGCAAAGGAAUUCGCAACCUCCGCAUUCUUCUCGAUUGCUCAAUGCCGUGGGUGGUGAACCACCAGGACGAGUUUUGUCUGAUCGAUAAGCAUGACAGUCAGCUAUGGUGCUAUCCGACCGAGGACGCGUUCUAUCCAGCUGAGGACGCGUCCUUCGGCAGCUUCGAGAAUGAGCUCUGCGACCCCGAAAACGUCUGGGGACCCGGAUGCCCACGAAGAGGGCACAUACGAGACAACCUUCUCAACGCAGCCGUCGACGAGAAGCUUGCAUCUUCGAUUUGGGAUGAUUUCCGCGUUCUGACCUUCGACGUCUACGGCACCCUGAUCGACUGGGAAGGCGGGAUGCUCGCAGCCCUGCAACCCCUCUUGGACUCGAACAACCGCACAGACUUCACCCGCAAGCACCUCCUGGAUGUGUACCACGAGCUCGAGGCCGCGCAGCAAAAGAAGACCCCGGACAUGCCCUACUACCAACUCGUCGCCACCAUACACCCCCAAAUCGCCUCAAAGCUCGGCCUCGCCGCGCCGACGGCUGAGGCCUCCAAGGCCUUUGGCGACUCCGUCGGCCGCUGGCCCGCUUUCCCGGAUAGUGUGGAAGCGCUGCGCCGGCUCUCAAAGUUCUAUAAGCUCGUCGUUUUGUCCAAUGUCGAUCGCGAGUCCUUUUCCCGCAGCAACGCGGGGCCUCUGGACGGGGUUCCGUUUGAUCUGGUGAUUACGGCGCAGGACGUGGGCUCGUAUAAGCCUGAUCAGCGCAACUUUACCUACAUGAUUCAGAAGGUUAAGGAGAUUUUCGGGGUUGAGAAGGACGGGAUUUUGCAGACGGCUCAGAGCCAGUUCCAUGACCAUCACCCGGCGAAGGAAGCCGGCAUUAAGUCGUCGUGGAUCGUGCGGCCUGGUGCGGUGAUGGGUAACAGGGACGUUGAGAUUUACGACUGGAAGUUUGACACGCUAGGACAGAUGGCGGAUGCACUGGAGAAAGAACUGGCGUGA